AUGGCACCGCAGGCGUAUGCAGCCCAAGAGCUGGAUGCGGCAGCGGCGCUUGAGAAGCUGGAGCAGCAGCACCGUGCCAAGCUGGCUUCCCUGCUAGCCCCGCCCGACGGGCCUCCACAAACCACUGCGGGCGGCUCGCCUGCCCCUGGGGCAGUGGUGCCGCAGGAGCCACGGUCAGAGAGGGCCUCGCAGCAGCAGCAGCAGCAGCAGCAGCAGCAGCAGCAGCAGCAGCAGCAGCAGCAGGUAGUGCAGCAGGAAGUGCAGCAGACAAUGCAGCAAGCGGAGGGGCAGGUGCAGCCGCAGCAGCACCAACAGCAGCCCAAGCCUGGUGAUGCAGCGCAACCUGUUCAAGUGGACAUGGAGCAGCAGCAGGGGCAUCACUUGCAGCAGCUGCAGCAGCAGCAGCAGCAACAGCAACAGCAGCAGCAGCAGCAGCAGCAACAGCAGCAGCAGCAGCAAAGGGACAAGGUUCAACAGGAGCCGGAGCAGGAGCGGCUACUCGAGCAGCGCCUGCAACUUCAAUCAUACGCUGCGCAGCAUCAGCAGCAUCAGCAGCAGCAAGGGCCGCAGGUGACGCCUGGAAGAGAGGCCGCGAAAAUAGAUGCGGAAAUGGCGCGCGUGGACGCCGAGAUGGCCCGCGUAGCCAUGCAGCAGGAGCUGGCCGCCAGCCAGCUGGACCGCCGGCGGCGCUCGAAAAAGGCGCGCACCGACGGCAUCAGCCAGGUGUGGGAGUGGCUUCAUGGCGGCGACGGCAGCGGCGGCGGCGGCGCGGCUGGCGGCGCAGGGGAGCACGGGGAGGCGCGGGCACUGGUGCAGCAGGAGGCGGCGCGGACGGGUUGA